AUGUUCCAUUUUUGCUUGGAAGUACAGCUACUUGAAAAGAAUCCGGAAGCAGCAAUAGUUUUAUUUUGGAGGGCUAUAAAUGCGAGAGAUAGAGUAGACAGUGCCCUAAAAAACAUUGCUGUGGUAAUGAAGCAAUUGGAUAGGACUGACGAGGCCAUUGAAGCUAUCAAGUUUUUAGGGGGCCUCUGCCCUAAACAAACUCAAGAAUCACUUGAUAAUCUCCUCAUCUAUUUAUACAAGGGGAACUUGGGGUGGGCCUAUAUACAGAAAACAAACUACUUGGCAGCAGAGGCCCGGCACGAAGAGGCACGUUCAGUUCUUGAACAGGUAUUGCAAGGUAAACUUCCAGGAGCUGGUGAUAUCAAGUCAAGAAACCGAGCUGAGGACUUGUGGAGAGAAGUGGAGUCAUGGCAGCCUCCACCUUUAUCGUCUAAUCCUCCUGGCCUUGGUCUGGAAGACGAUGAUUUUGCUGAUGGGCUUGCGAGAUUGAUAAAAACAAUGGGCCCCCAAACGAUCAAGAAGGCUUCCCAUCUUUGA